AAAGUGCAAUUAAUCAGUUACCCAUUUUUCUGUAGUCUAGUACUGUGCUGCUGUAGGGUUAGGGGUCCUAUGCGACCGGGAAUGGACAGAGAUGGAUUGCGGAUUGUGUGAACUGAUUCCGUGUCUGGCUGCCUUAGCAGUUGUGGCUUUAAUUUUGGUAAUAUUAAUUGCGCACUUCAGCGCUUCAGGUAUGGUUGACCUGAGACGCCACGAGAAGGAGAAGUAUUUCCUCUCCGGAGACGGAGCGAAGGAGGCGUUCCCCAGUCUCCAUGACCCCCAUUCCCGGGAGCUGUCUGUGGUAGUGCCGUCCUACAACGAAGAGCUCCGGUUGCCUGUGAUGAUGGAGGAGACGAUGGAAUACCUGGAGAAACGACAGAAGCAACAGCCUUCAUUCACCUACGAAGUAAUUAUAGUUGAUGACGGCAGUAAAGACAAAACGACUGAGGUUGCCUUGAGUUACUCUAAGAAGUACGGAGCUGACAAAGUGAGGGUGUUGACGCUGGUGAGGAACCGUGGGAAGGGUGGAGCCGUGAGGAUGGGUACCCUCAGCUCCCGAGGAAAGCUCAUCCUGAUGGCGGACGCCGACGGAGCCACGAAAUUCGCUGACCUGGAGAAGGUGGAGGCGGGGCUUAAUGACAUCAGCAUGAAGCCGGGGAACAUGGCUAUUUCCUGCGGCUCCCGAGCUCACCUGGAGGAGGAGUCUGUUGCACAGCGCUCGGUGUUCCGCACCUUCCUGAUGUACGGGUUCCACUUCCUGGUGUGGUUCUUCUGCGUGAAGGGCAUCCGGGACACGCAGUGCGGCUUCAAGCUCUUCACCCGCGAGGCGGCCCUCAAGACCUUCUCCAGCCUGCACGUGGAGCGCUGGGCGUUUGAUGUGGAACUCCUCUACAUCGCCCAGUGCUUUAAGAUACCCAUAGCGGAGGUCGCCGUGAACUGGACCGAGAUCGAAGGGUCCAAGCUGGUCCCUUUCUGGAGCUGGCUGCAGAUGGGCCGGGAUCUGGUCUUUAUCAGACUUCGCUACAUUACCGGUGCCUGGAAACUGGAGUCCCAGCGAAAAGCGGACUAGCAGCACGCGGCUCCGAAUUUAGCACGCGGAGAAGCGCGGGCGGAUGGAGACUGUUUCGCGGUUUCUCCGUGUUUAACGCGCACACUGAUGAUGCCGCGAUGUUCCCAGGCUGUGCAUUCAAAGAUAUUUUAUCAUGUUACCUUUUUUUACUGUGUCAAAGAGGAGAGAAUCCUGACAGAAUAUUGCAUUGUAAUCAAAAAGCGGUCUUUAUUUUGUAUCAUGGUUUUGUUAGGUUUUGAAAUGUAAUAGCCGUUUUUAAUUUGGUUUCAUUUGGAAAGUAUACUGUAGGCCUACCUGUGUGUGGGUUUUAUUCUUUUUUUUUGGACUGAAAGAGCACUGGACAACUUGACUCAAAUAAUUAAAAAGCAAGGAAAGAGUUAAUUGGUUGCGUGCGUUUUAUUCAGACAGACAAUCCAAGUCGGAGGCACUUAAUCAUAACAGAAAUUAUGCACCAUGUAAUUCUAGCUUGUGGGCCAGCAUUGGUAUGUUUCAUUUGAAUUCUUGUAGAAUUCCACUUCCAACUGUUACAUUGUGAACUCGCAACUGUAUAAAUAUGUGGAUUUAUUAAUAAAUAUGGGGAUUUCAUGA